AUGGAUGACAUCCCAUUGUCCUCAUACCCCUCUGGAUCAUAUACAUCAUUUGCACCACCUGAUGAUGUAUAUUCCGACGGAACACAAGGUCAAUAUCAAUAUGGCGAAGAAAACGGUCACAGGGAUGUGAGAAACUCUGCUCCAAGGCCAUUACAAAAGAAGAAGAAUGCCUCUAUUGCAUCAACUGUUAUUGAAAAGCAUCCAAACGGGCCCUUAGAAACAAGCAAGCAGGUUUGCAGGAAAGAUGCCGCUGCUGUCGUCGAAUCCGCUCCCUCUUCUUCCCCGGCUUCUGUUCUGAAGCGAAAGAGGCCUGCGCGGAUCGAUAUCCCUUCCCUGCCUUCUUUGAGCUUUCCACCUCCUUCAGAGGGAGGUUUGAAAGAGAUCGAGAUGGAGACCGAGCGGUAUUCGUUUUUCUGUAAGAAAGGGCGGAGGGAAGUGAUGGAAGAUCCCAAACAGAGAAUUUUUCAUCCUUUAUUUGACCUUCUUUUAUUUUUUUGGCAGGCCUUUUUCGGUGUUUUUGAUGGGCGUGGAGGCACAGGAGCCGCUGAGUUUGCAGCGGUGAAUUUGGGUAAGAAUAUUAUAGCUGAAGUGAUGAAAAGAGGAAGUGAUGGGAUGGAGGAUUCUGUUAAAAGUGGUUAUGUGACAACGGAUGCGGAGUUUCUGAAGGAGGAUUUGUUUCCAUCUACCUUUUGUACUGUUAGCAUUUUGGGAUUGGAACUAAUGGAUUUCUAUUGUCGGCAUUGCUUUUUUUUUUUUUUUUUUGGGGGCGGGGGCGGGGGAUUGAAACUAAUGGAUUCGAGAAACAUUUUCUUUCAGGGGGGCUAUGUCGAUUGCAGCCAUGGUGUUUGGAGAUUACAAGGGUCGUUAGCUGUAUCUAGAGGGAUUGGUGAUUCACAUCUUAAGAAAUGGGUAAUUGCAGAGCCCGAAACAAAGAUUCUUAGAGUCAAGCAUGACUGUGAAUUCCUAACUGCAGAAAACUUUUGGGGGGAAAGACACUUACUGUUGUAUUCUGCUGUUUGGAAUUGUAUGCCUGCAAUUCCUAUCUCGAAUGGUACAGCAUUCGUUCGAACUCUUGAAUUUUUUGCUGCAGUUUUGAGAGAAAAAAAAAAAAUUCAAGCCUUGGGUCAAAGGCUCAAACCUUUUUCCCUUGCAACACAAUAUUAGCAGCAUUGUCAUAGCACUUGGAAAAUACCAAUUCAGAUCAAACUCUAAGGGCCUGUUUGGGUUUCUUGAAAUAUAAAUUGAUGAAAUGUCAUAUCCAUGAAAAUGGCUUCUUUUUUUUUUCGUUUGUAUUUGUAAAUUUCUUGAAAAUGUCAUUUCCAUUUCUCUCAUUUCCUGAAAAAUGCCCCUUUUUAGUUUCCUUGCCUAGACUGGCAACAAAUUUUCCAUGAAUAUAGAUUUGUAAAUGAAGAAUUUUUUUUCAAGAAAAUCUUGCUGAAAGACAAUCAUGGGAAACAGAUUUUCAUUUCUUACUGUUUUCUAGAUACGGAGUUUCCCAAAAAACUCCAUUUUCUUCAAAAAUAAAAAAAUUAAAAAAAUCCACAAAUCCAAACAGUCCUUAAAGUAGGCUUGAAGAAAUUGCUUGAUUCAUUGAUAGCCAGUCAAAUCAGAUUAAAGAGUUUGAAGCAGAGAGAGAGAGAAGCUGAUACGUUUGCAUGAAGAUAAGAAGACUGAGCUGAAGUGGAGGUAUUUGGAAGAAGUGGAACUGGAGAAGGAAUUUGAUGUUAAGCUGACCCAACUGAUGGACAAGUGACUAUUGUAAAU